GUUUCAUCUUUAAGAAUCUGUAACUUCCAUUGAUUGUGAAGACAUAACAAAGCUUGUCCCUGCAUGAAAGACUGCUCGCUUUUUAGAUACUGCAAUCGGUUCCUGUAGCGUUCCUGUCUCUACAUUAUGCUGGCGUGAACCUUGCGAACAAAUUUGGCAAAGUGGAGCGACGUCGGGAAAGUUGGCCUUGCUCGGAGUCAUUUACUUCAGUCAGAACAAAGUAAAUGUGAACAUUGUUAGCGGGGAGUGUUGGAAGAGGUGGUGUCACCGUUCCCAUUUGGCGAUAUAUACUCCCACACAGCCCCGUUUGCACGCCUGCUCUGCUCAGUACAUGCAAUAGUAGUCCGCAGCAGUAUUUGUUCACAUUUGUUCAUGGUUUAAUCUGUAAAGAUCUAACAUUUGAACGAAUAUUCUGGACUGGAGCGCAGACUGGAAUAUCGAUGCAAUGCUGAUAAAGGAUCCAGGUGUCAAUGGGAGACACACAAAUAAAGGACGUUUCCAGGGAGACUAAAGGCGCCUCCUCCACCGACACAGCUCCAGUCAUUCUGUGGAGAUAGCGGAACAACCUAGAGGAGCUGGACACCGUUUGAAAACCCUUUGAAGAAAGUCUCCGUAAUAGCAUUCCUCUCGACAACCACUCGACAGUCUCCGGAACCCUGUGGACUUCUGCCCAGCCCUGAGGCACUGGCCUCUGUCUGCCACACAGGACACACCAGACCCCAGACUUGAAUGUUUCCGUUUUCCGAUGGAAAUCUCCAGGGAACCUAAGCAAAACACAAACAGCCCAUUGUAAGGAUUGAGAGAGCCCAGCCAGUUCAGCAAAAGCGCCACGUUACUAUGAAACAAGAUGGGAACCAUUAAAGAUCUCAACAGUUUGCAGUUUUCAGUUUCAGAUCCAGUUGAGAUGGAGAAUAGGGGCACGCCGGGGGCUGAUGUUGUCGUUGCCUCCUGUCAUGUACAAGAAGAGAAAGAUGGGAAACCAGCGACCCAGUCCAACUGCUCUGCUCUUUGUUCUAACACUUGCUCGGCCAGCAACCUGAACGAUAAGAACACCAGCCAUCCGCCAGACAUCAGCGCUAAACGUGCCAACGCGGAAAUGGAUAAGCCCAGCGAAGCACCAGGGCAGGCGCUAGAUUUAAACAAAGAACGGGGGCAGGAAGAAUCUAGUGACAACUCCGGCAACAACACUGCUGGCACUAACACAGAAGUAGACCAAAACAGAAAAGCAAACAAAAGGAUUGACAGCUCGGACCCAAAUGUCGAGGUCCCCUUGCAGGGAUAUGGCCAGGAGACCACGGGAACAGAAACAGACCACUGCAGUAACCUCCAACACUCCUCUGGUCCGGCAGAGAUCGCGAAAACUAACGCUGACUCUGCCGUUCUGCCUGCUGGGAACAUGACAGAAAAUGACCGGCAAAUCGGGAUGGAGAAUAAGGACUUGGGGGCGGUUGUAAGCCCUUCACAAUCGGUGGUGUCGGAAUCGGCGAGCCAAGACGCCGAGGUGCAGGUCGCAAUCCAAGUGCAAAGCAGGUCAGUUGCCACAAGCCCCAUGGCGCCUCUAGAUAACUGCCCAGUAUUUAAAAUUCCUGACGUCAGCUGUAGAGAACAGCCAGUUGAAAAACCAGCCGCUUGUCCAUCAGUCACGCCAUCUGUUACUGUGCCACCGAAGAAAGAUGUUGAAAUGCAAGUGGAUAUAACAGUGCAGUGUAAAUCAGUUGCCACUGGUCCAAUGACACCUUUAGAGAAGACGCCAUUGCCCACCCUCCCAGAAGUCUCAGUAGAGGCCACGGAAGAGGACCAAUCAGAGCCAGUGCGGGAAGUCCAGUGGGAUGAAAAAGAUUCCCAAAAGCUGAAAAUGGAAGGAAGUAGCUGCUGAAUGUAAUGAUGUGUGUUUGAAAUGAUCCUUUGGGUACUAUUUGUUGAAUGGAUAGAAAUAACCACCCAGUGUUAUGGUUUACUUCAUCCUCUCAUUGGAGAAAUUUGUAGUAUUUCUACGUUAAUUUGUUUUCCUUUGUGGAAAAAGCAUCCUGGAUUCACUCAAUAUAAGCUUUCUGUAAAAUCUUGCUGUUUUGUGACUAAUGUCAAUGCCAGAAGUUAUUUCUUUAAACAAAAGUCAAGGUCAAGUUUCUGUUAGAUUGCCAUUAUCAUUUUCUGAGUGGGUUGUUAAAAUAAUGUAAUCUCAGUUGUUUCAAAACACAAUAAAAUGGGAUGGAUUGAAAUAUCAAUCACACUCUCCAGUUGGGACAUUUUGUUUCUUUCAUUUGAAUAUCAACAGGAAUAAAGUUAAAUAAAUUUGUUGUAGUUAUUUCUUUAUGUAGCAUCAGCCAGCAAAAUCUGUUAAGAAUACUAAAAUAUGAACAUCAUUUGCUUGAAAUCAUCCUUCGCAGUGCUGAAAUUACAUUAAAGAACCGUUCUCAUAUAGCAUUUUGUAGCAUUGUGAUGUAUAGUAUAUUAACAUUUAUUGCAUACUUAGUUUAUUUUUAAAUGAACCAUCUUAGAACACAAGCUAGAAUGUUUGUAUUUUUUCCUUGGUUUAUUUUCUCCUGGGUCCAAGGAAGUAUUAUCUCAAGCUCAUUAGACAUCCUUGCUACUAUAAGCCCAUCACCUGACACUCUAAUGGCCAAUUUGUUUUUCUUUUUUUCUCUUUAUUAUUAAAGUAUAUUGAUUUAUUUUUAGUUUUUAAUCAUUUCACAGCUGAGGGUGCUUGGGUAAUUUUUCAGCAGCCUCCAAAGCAGUUUAUCAGCACCCUUCAUACCCCCAGCUAUACAAUGGAAAUAUAUGAAAAUUUCUAAUACCUAACCUGGAUAACCCCUGUUUAAUAUGUAAUUUAUAAAUAUUUACAUGAAAAUUAUUUUUCAGGUUUCAUUUAGCAUUGAAUACUUUAUCGCUGAACCACUCACUUUAAGUUAACUAAGGUAAAACUGGUAGACAAAAUUGAAGCCUCAAAAUUCCAUAUAAAUAUAAAGGACUUUGACUUUGAGGGUUUAUUUCUUUUUAUUAUACCCCAGCAAAAUCAAAUGAAAAGAGAUCCACUUUUUUACUGAAGAGGAAAGAACUUUAUAUUGAAUGUACAGUAUGUAAUAAUACUGAGGGUGAUAUAAACAUAAUGGACUAAUACUAGUUGCAAGUUAUCUGCCUAAAGAUAAGCUUAUCUUAGCACAGAACUGCGCAACUCAAUCAACCUUUGAGCUUUCGGAUGAUGGCUGACGUCACUUGUAGAGCAUGUGAGCGUAACUGGCCAUUUCUGUGUUGUGUAUUACCUAUGUUACUUAUACAGUGAUGUAUUUUGUAAAACAAAGCAAUGUGUUUCUAACUAAUUUAAAUAGCUGAUUAUUUGUACUGCAUGGAUGCGAAGCAAUGACUAAGUAACACUAAUGUACUGUAACUGCAUGACAAAGAUCCAUGCACAUAAAGCAAGCAAUGAAAAAUGAGAUCCAUUGAUAUUCAAUUAAUAAGCCUGUUAGAAGUCAUCACAAACAAACUGAUUCAUACCAUCUUUCAGCACAAAAUGUUAAUAUGCUUUUGAAUGUUAAGCUUUGUUCGAAUGUUUCAAACCAGAAUGAUCCCAUUUUGCAAUUCCACUAUGUGAACAGAAAUGAUUUAUCAAAGCUAUCUGGGCACCUCUUGUGAAAUAGCAAAGGCUCUUUUGGUUACAUGCCUUUGAAAUAUUACAUAUUUUAAUCCGUUCAUUUCUCCUAAAAUGGAUUCCUUGAUUUUUAUUUUUUCUAAUCCAGCAUGUGUUGAAUUGAAUUAUCAUUUAAACUGAAGGAAUAACUAUCUAAUGCUAGUAAUAAAGGGGCAACCAUUGCAGCAUGUUAUCUAUAUUGUCGAUUCUUCUAAGGUACAACAAUAUAAUUUUUCUCUGAUGGUGUUAAAGAUGUAGUAGGGAAUCUAAACAACUGGCUGAUGUACUUUUGAACCCUGCUUGAUGUAGUUUAGUACAAUUGUGAGGUUACACUAUAUACAUAUUUUUUGUGUCUCAUUGCUAGAACAUCAAAGACAAAACUGCAGACAAUAGCCUGGUUGUUUUUAAAUUUUUUUUAACGUGGUUUGAUCCGCCAACCAUGCUGGGAGGUAAUAAGACAUUUUGUGGUUGUAUGUAAAGCAUCCUUGAUCCAAAUCGCAAAGAUGAAUCGUAGUUUCAGGAUUUCAUUCUUUUGAAACAGUGAAGAGUUGAAUUAGAUUAAAUCAACUGAUUUUAAUCUUGACUCUUUUAAGAUUACCCGUUUAAAAGAACAAUUUUAUUCACCUAUUUUCUAUUAGGCUGUUUGCUAUCAGUCACGUUGAAAACUGUUUAUUUUCCCUGCUCAAAAUUAACAUUAAAAAGGUACGCAAUGUGCACGGAUAUGAGAAAAAAAAGAAAUUCCUAAUUUUCUUUCACAAUGAUUAAGUGCUUGUCUUUGGAAAUAGAAUUUGUGCACAAGGAAAUAUAUCUCAAUCAAUAAUGUAUUUAGAUAUUAUCAACAGUUAAAUGAAUUAAAAUAUAUUCUGGUGACUCACUUUGCCUUCAGGCAGCAAAGAAGGAAUUUUCCACAAUAUCUUGUUGUGCUGUAAACUUGUUUUGCCUCCCCAAACAAGAUGUGUUGCAUAGUGGGAAAGAAAUUACAAUCUAUAAAACA